AUGAUCAUUCUCCUCCUCCUCCUCCUCCUCCUCCUCCUCUGUCAUGCCAACUCUCAGCUUAGCACUCAAGAACAAGCAGUGUUGCUUAACCUAAAGCAUUACUGGCAAAACCCUAACUCUCUCAACCUUUGGAUUCCAUGGAACUCCUCCUCCCACUGUAAUUGGCCAGGGAUUACCUGCUUUGAUGGCUCAGUCACUGAACUAUACCUCCAGAGCAAGAACAUCCAUGGAAGAGUCCCACCCUUCAUUUGCAACCUCAAGAACCUCAAAACCAUUAAUCUUUCAGAUAACUACUUCAGCUCAACUGAGUUCCUGAGAGUUCUUUAUAAUUGUUCCAAGCUCGAAGACCUCGACCUCUCGCAGAACUACUUUGCUGGAGCCAUCCCCGAUGAUAUUCAUCGCAUGGCUCGACUUCAAAAUCUCAACCUCGGAGGCAAUAACUUCUCUGGAAACAUCCCAUCAUCUAUCGGCCAGUUGACGGAACUAAGGACACUUGAACUUUUUGCGUGUCAGUUUAUCGGUUCUUUACCGUUAGAGAUUGGAAAUUUGUCCAAUCUUGAAGAACUAGGAUUGGCAUUUAAUUCUAAAAUGAUGCCGAGAUUGCCUUCCGAGUUCACCAAGCUGAAGAAACUGAAGGUUCUAUGGAUGGCCCAAACGAAUUUGGUUGGGAAAAUCCCUGACAAGAUUGGAGAGAUGGCUUCACUGGAGCAUUUGGAUUUGUCCAGCAACUAUCUGAGUGGGAAAAUUCCGAGCAGUUUGUUAAUGCCAAAGAAUUUAUGUAUAGUUUAUCUUUACAAAAAUAACUUGUCUGGUGAGAUUCCUCGGGUUGUUGAAGCUUUGAAUCUAGACAUCAUUGAUCUCUCCGAAAAUAACUUGACUGGGACAAUUCCUGAUGAUUUUGGAAAACUCAAAAAACUGUCAGGUCUAAGUUUAUUUUGCAAUCAAUUGUUUGGAAAGAUCCCAGAUAGCAUUGGCCGUCUGCCGGGACUUAUAGUUCUCAAAGUGUUUAGCAACAAAUUUUCAGGUACUUUGCCUCCAGACCUUGGUCGGUAUUCAGUGCUUCAAGAGUUUCAGGUUGCGACCAAUAUGCUUACAGGCCAGUUGCCAGAACACUUGUGUGACAAUGGAAGGUUGUUGGGAGUGGUAGCUUUUAAAAACAACCUCGACGGAGAAUUGCCCAAGUCUCUUGGAAAUUGUAGCAGUUUGCUUAUUGUCAGUGUUUUCAGUAAUCGACUCUCUGGGUGUAUUCCUAGGGGCCUGUGGACAUCAUUGAACAUGAAAAUGUUGAUGUUAAGUGAUAAUUCUUUUACGGGUGAGCUUCCUGAGAUAUUGUCAUCGAAUCUUUCACGGUUGGAGAUCUGCAACAACAUGUUUUCAGGUAAAAUUCCAAAGGGAGUUUCUUCCUGGAGGAAUUUGGUGGUUCUUGAGGCUAGUAAUAACCUCUUGAAUGGAACCAUUCCUCAAGAAUUAACAAUUCUUUCUCAUUUGACAACUCUUUUGCUUGAUCGAAACCGGCUCUCAGGCUCCCUUCCAUCAAAUAUUAUAUCAUGGAAAGCCCUCAAUUCUCUAAACUUUAGCCAAAAUGCAAUCUCUGGGCAUAUUCCAGGGAAACUAGGUUUUUUACAGGGCCUUUCUGAAUUGGAUUUGUCAGAAAACCAACUAUCUAGCCAAAUUCCACCGCAACUUGGCUUUUUAAAGCUCACUUACCUCAAUCUUUCUUCCAAUCGUCUGAGUGGGAGUAUCCCAAUUGAAUUCGAAAAUGAUGCAUAUGCCAACAGUUUCUUGAACAAUCCCAGCCUCUGUGCUAAUCGUCCGUCAUUAAACAUCAAUGAGUGCAAUUCGAAACUCCAAAAUCCAAGCAAAACUUCACACCAAUUCAUGGCUUGGAUUAUUAGUCUAGCGAUAGCAAUGUUUCUAGGUUUGUUAAUAUCAUUCUUUAUCAUCAAAGUAUACAAAAAAAGAAAGCAUGGAUUGGAUUCCACAUGGAACGUCACCCCAUUCCAAAAUCUGAAUUUCACAUAA